AUGGGUGUCGGACGUCGUAUGAAGAAGCAGGGCCCCCCGGGCCCGCUCGAUGAAUCAAAAAUCACCAUGUUGAAGAAGCGCAAGGGUGGCGACGCCGAAUCCACAUCCAAGGCUGUCGCUGCUAAGAAGCGCCGGAGAGACGCCGACGAGGAAGAGCCUGUGUCAAAGAAGGCUGCACCUAAGAAGACUAAGGUCAAUGCUGCUCCUGUCAAGAAGAGCGGAAAAACCGAGUCGAGCAAGCCCAGCAAAAAGACACCUGUUCCUAUGUCGGAUUCGGAGGAAGACGAUGAGGAGAUGGAGGACGAUGAAUUUGAUGAUCUUGAUGGAGUCAGUGAGGGCUCAUUGGGUAGCCAGGAUGAGCUGGAGGGACUCUCUGAUCUGGAGGGUGAUGAUGAUGACUCGAUCAUGGACUCUGACGAGGACGAGGCCGAUCACCCCCGCGGAGCGAUGUUCUCUGACGAUGAAGAUUUGUCCGACGCCGAAGAAAAGUUGACCGCCGCCAACAUCGAAGGAUUGUCUCGCAAACUCGACGCCGCCAGAGAGCUGGAGGAAGAAGAGGCCGAGCAGGAAUUGCAGGAUGCUGCUAUGCAGACCAAUAUCGCUGGCGACCGCCCCGAUGUUUUCAACGACCAGGCCCAGCAAGGACUUGCCCCCGAUCUGCAGCUUCUCCGUCAGCGUAUCACCGAUACCAUUCGUAUUCUUGGCGAUCUGAAGACUCUGGGUCAAGACGAUAAGUCCCGCGCCGACUACGUUGACCUCGUUCUUAACGACAUCUGUACCUACUACGGCUACACUCGAUACCUCGCCGAAAAACUAUGGAACCUCUUCACACCAAUGGAAGCUUUCGCUUUCUUCGAAGCCAACGAGACACCUCGUCCCGUCGUUAUCCGUACCAACACUCUGCGAACCAACCGUCGAUCUCUCGCUCAAGCCUUGAUCAACCGUGGUGUUGUUCUUGAGCCCGUUGGCAAGUGGUCCAAGGUCGGUUUGCAGGUCUUCGAGUCCGCUGUGCCCCUUGGUGCCACCCCAGAGUAUCUGGCUGGUCAUUACAUUCUACAGGCUGCAUCUUCAUUCCUUCCCGUGAUGGCGCUGGCUCCCCAGCCUAAUGAGCGUGUUCUUGAUAUGGCCGCCGCUCCCGGUGGUAAGACUACCUACUUGUCUGCGCUUAUGCGUAACACUGGUUGCGUUAUCGCCAACGAUGCCAGCAAGCCCCGUGCUAAGGGUCUGAUUGGUAACAUCCACCGUCUCGGCUGCAAGAACACCAUUGUCACUAACCUGGACGCCCGUACCGCGUUCCCCAAGGCCCUCGGUGGUUUCGACCGUGUGUUGCUGGAUGCCCCUUGUACCGGUACCGGUGUUAUUUCCAAGGAUGCCGGUGUGAAGACCUCUAAGGAUGAGCGUGAUUUCCUCGCCAUUCCUCACAUGCAGCGUCAGCUACUCCUUGCCGCCAUUGACUCUGUCGACCACGCUUCCAAAACUGGUGGAUACGUCGUCUACUCUACAUGUAGUGUCACUGUUGAGGAGAACGAGGCUGUCGUGCAGUAUAUUCUGCGCAAGCGCCCCAACGUCAAGAUUGUCGACACUGGUCUCGGCAACUUUGGUAGCCCCGGUUUCACCAACUACAUGGGCAAGAAAUUCGAUGCUAAGAUGGCUCUUACCCGGCGCUACUUCCCUCACCGUGAGAACGUUGAUGGUUUCUACGUCUGCAAGCUGAAGAAGACUGGUCCUACCCCCGCUACUAAGGCCGAUGAUACGACCUCUAAGGAUCGUCAUCCCCGACGUGCUAGCUCUAAGGCUACCUCUACCGAUGAGGAUGAUGAGGAGAUUGAUAAGACUCCUAUUCGUGAUGAGAAUAGCAGCAUGGGUCAACUUGAGGGUAGUGCUUUCGGCCCCUUCGAGGGUGAUGAUGAUGCUGAGCGUAUUGCACGUGCCGAGCGUAACCGUCUCCGUCGCAAGGGUCUCAACCCCAAGGGUGUUCUGAACAAGCCUAAGAAGGCCAAGGGAGAGGCCAAGGCCGAGACCAAGGAGACCAAGGGAGAGUCUAAGGAAGAAGCAAAGGAAGCAACCAAGGAAGAAACCAAGGAACCCUCCAAGCCAACUGAGCCAGUAAAGACAUCUCCAGCCCCAAAGAAGAAGCCCGAGACUGCCAAAAAGUCAUCCAAUCAGAGCAAGGGCGAGAAGAAGACUUUAACUGUUAAGGCUAGAAAGCCCAAGAAGGCUAUGAAAUGA